AUAGCAUGGAUAUGGUGGCUGGAAGGGCUUGGUAGGAUCGUGCUUGUAGAAGUUGGCCGCCGAAGGUUGUAGCGAGGGGCGAGUUUACCUUACUACAGUUUUUCUCCGAUGUAUUACGUGAAAAAUGCGUGCACAGACUUUGAUGUAUGCGACCUGCAGCCGCUGGAAGUAUCUUCGUGGUGGUCUUGGAUGAGUGAAACGUCAACGCCUCCAGUUUUGGGGCUCAUGACAGCCUGACAAGCACGCUCCACAGAAGUGCAAAAGAAAGAAAAAACGUUUGCGCCGCUCACAUGACGGGCACUGGGGAAACUCACGCGGUUUACUUUCGUUGCAGAUAACUAGCGAAAAAUUGUGGAAAACUACAGAAAUAAGCAAUGAGAACGUUGGGAAAAAAUCUCAUCAAGGGAAGCUUCGUGGUGUGCAUUGCUGCUGCGCUGACUCAUUAUUACGGUCACUUGGACACGGCAGGAGUGGCACUAAUGUAUGUUGGUAUGGUGUCGCUUGGUGUCAUCUUAGGUUGCCGAAGUGUGCUUUGUACCGACGACCAGUAUCCCGUUGUACUGAGAGAACACGACGGAAACCAUUUGUUGAAGCAAGUGCUACAGGAAAAGAUGAAGGAAUACAGUCGCAUGGACGGCUCUGAGAAAUCCAAGCACAUUGUCUUUUCUCGCACCGUCGAUGCGAGGAUAAAUGAAAUAUUUGAUCUUGUCUUCAGAGAUUUUAUACUGCCAUGGUACAAGCACCUGGUUCCUGACCACCGUUGUUUCUGCAUGCUUCUCAGAGGGGAAAUCUGGCGUGUUUUACGGAAUCUGAAGGAUCGGUGCCACAGGAUUGACGACGUCAAGCUGCUGACUGACCAUAUGGUUCGGAAGGUUCAGAAGCACUUCCACGCUGCUCGAAUAGCCACAGGAGGGAAUGGUGAAAGGCGGCCAUUCCCACUAAGCCCUUUCUUAGAAACUUCACAGCUGGAGCUGGACCAUCUUCGGCAGGUGGCUGACUUCCUACUAGCUUUGCUGCUGCCAUCCGAGUAUGCCCUCUGCAUUUCUGUGCGUCAUCUGCUGCGUGAAAUCCUGGCUUGCCUAGUUUUUCAGCCAACAGUUGACCUGAUAACUGAUCCCGAUUACAUCAACCAAAAGCUGAUUGCUUACCUGCAGUGGCUUCAAGCAGAAAAUGAAAAGCACAGUCGAACAUACGCAUAUGCUGAGACAUGGGAGGACUUUAUUUUUGUUAUCGAUACCUGCACUGACCCCCAAGACUUGAAACGUAUGCGAUUCAACAUUGUAUCGGAAAUUAUGCAAGCUACCACUGCCAACAACCUGAAGAAAGCACGUGGCAUUAGUGAAGAUAAGCAGUACGAAGCACCAAGUACAGCUAAAGGAGACCUGUUGCAGUCAAGGAAUUUGUCCAAAUACAUCAAACAGCUGACAUAUGCCAAGGCACGAUGUGAGAAACAGCUCAAGUUAGUUGGAGGAUUAGACUGUUAUUCGCCUUCCGAAGAGCAAGAAAGCCUUCCAGGGCGCAAGGUAUUUGCAUUUUCAGUUCUUAUGGAGUCGCCUGUAUGUCGAGAGUACCUGGCCAGAUUCUUGCAAGGUGAAGAGGUGGGAAAGUCAUUGCUCUCGUUCUGGCAAGACAUUGAGAACAUGAAACUCUCCAGCAAAGAUGAAUGGCAUCAGCUGGGCAAUGAGAUUUACCAGACAUACAUCAAGCGUCCACGUCCGGGGAUACGGCUUUCAAAAGGCGUCCUCAAGGGCAUAGAGGCUUUCAUUAUGGCCAAUAAGGGUCCUGAAGCAUUCCUGCAAGCUCAGAAGGAAGUGUACCAGGCACUGGAAGAGCGGUAUUACCACUCUUUCCUGGUGAGCGACGCUUACCAUAGCAUGGUGAUAGAGACUCAGGAUCUUCACCUUGACCUUGGCACCUACAGAGAAGAUGAGAAGAGCUGUUCAAGUGACAGCCAGCAGGACGAGUGUGUGCUGCCAUUGGUGGUGAGGGAAUCGCCAGAACCCUCAGUGGAGGAGUGCUGGGCACAGAAGAAGAGCCAGCUGUCACGCCUCGAGUCUCGCCUCGACGACAAGCGCAGGGCUCUGCAGGCGCUGCAGGCCACACCAAAUUCAGACCCCAAGAUGGUGCGAGUCCUGGAGAAAGAGAUGCAAGAGAUGCGUGCCAAGUGUGACUUGCUUAUUGACCAGCUGCAACGAGCAUAUGACUGGAUACAAGGCUUGGGAAAAUGGAUUGUCACCAUACACAGCUCUCAGAUUGUCAAGGACUGUUCUCCUAAACCAGUGCCAUACUUUAACAUAUUGGUGAGCACACCGGAUAAUAAUCAGACUGGCUGGGUAGUUACCAAGACAAUUGGCGACUUCCACUGCCUCCGCCAAAGGCUCCUGCCGAUGUGCCCUGAGCUCAAGCAAGCAAGCUUGCCAUCUGCGAGCAAACCUCGCUUCCGCAGCUAUGACCAAGCCUUUUUGGACAAGACGCAGCCAACCUUACAGCGGUUUCUUGAUUAUGUUAUGAAAGAAGAACGCCUCAGCCGAAGUGAGGCACUGUGCAGCUUUCUCAGCCAGAGCCCGGAUCCCCUGAAAGAGGAGCUGCCCAUUGCCAAGAAGAACCUUUCCUUUCCUCUGCUGCAAUUCUUUCGCAACUUGUCUGGCCCUAUCCUCCAGGACAGCAAUGAAGAAGAUGAUGACCUUUAUCUUUAUGAUAAGGACCUGCGAGAAGACAAGAAAGACGACAUAGCAGUGCCACUGUAUGCACUGGCUGAUGAACUAUUUGAGCUUCAAGGGGUCUUCAACCUGCUUCGCCGUGCUCUGAUCUCGUUUGUGCAAACCUAUUAUGGCAAACCCAUAAACAGGCAGCUGCGUGAGUGGGUGUCGUGGGUGUUUUCAGAGCCCAUGCAAGUCUACAUGUUGGACAUGCUGCGGGAGUCGAUGUGGCCUGGAGGUCAGCUCGCCCCCGAGUGGUCACAACGCUCGGAGCAGGAGCAGCUUGCCGCUCGCAAGCAGGCCAAAUCAUUGCUUCUUGAAAACUUGCCACACAUUCUCGAUGUAGUCGGGCAGCAAAAUGCUCGCAGGGGUGCAGCCAAAGCUUUUGAUGUCUUCCAAAAUGUUCGUUUGAACAAGCAGCUUUUUUAUGACUUGUUGGAGGCAUUUUUGCUGGAGUUUGCCCCAGAGCUAAAGCCUCAUUCAUGACGUGAGGCUCACGUGGAGCCACAUGCCAGACUGCCAACAAAAGGCCCACACAUUUCUAGUCAUUUUGUGCAUAGUGGGCUAGGCCUUUUUCUAGGAAAAGAAUGUUGUUAGAUAGGACACAGAGAAUUUAGUGGUGAGAGUUGGUGCAGAUUCCCUGUUGCAUUUAGCUCUAUUCAUCCACAUACAUUACUUUUGACAUUAGUACUUCAGUCUGUCAGCUUAGCUAAAAUUAGUGGUGUUAAGUGAAACUAUACUUUCUAGCAACCGAUAAUUUCGCACAUAAACUGCUGUGAAUGCUCCAGUAAAGCUAUACUAGCUGUGGUGCAUAAGGUAGGUGACAGUUAUUCCAAAUAAGUUGAAUUAGGGUGGACACGAACUUGAACUAUAUGAGAUGAGAAACUGUCUGCUGUGGGAUUUGACCCAUUGGCUACCAAAACUGGCAAACUGGCCGUAUUGCCAAAGCCGAGAAUGGUUGGUUUAAAAAGCUAUUCAUAAAAGACUGAACCGGCAAUACUUGCUUACACUUGUUUAAAAAUGUUGUCAAUAGAUAUAACUGCUUUUGCAUUAUAGCGGUGGUUAGAUUAUUUUUAUUUUUCAGAAUUUAUUAAACUAUUGUAGCACCCAUACGCGGCAAUAUAAUAGGUACAGAAGGCCUCGCAGCGUGCAUAAUAUUUGGUAGCCAAUGGGGUAAGCAUUUUUUAAAAGCAAAUUUAUGUUUCCUGUGCACUGUCACUGACCUCACCAUCCUGUUUUCUGUAGUUCACUUAUCUACUGCUCCUGUCAUAGCAGCACAUUUUUUUCUAAGGGCAACAGUCUUGUGUUGUUUCGGUUUAGCUCCUGUUUAUUAUAGUGCAUGUGCUGCUGAAUGUGUCGCUGCAAUAAGAAAUCACCAUACAGAUCUGAAGGUGCUACAUAUGUUGUAAUUUUGGGUAAAGGCACAAGUUGGAACGAGUCAAUAAAGGUGUUGAGAAACAUUGUA